GUCAGAGCACAGGCAUGGCUUGUAAACACACAUGACAAGUGCUGUUAGUGUGCUUUCUGUCAGUGUCAGUCCUCGGGUGUAGAGGCUGGAAGGAAUUUAGCUAGCGAACACGCAAUUUGUUAUAUGGACAAAAAGGACCCGCUGACUGGAUCAAAUCACUCAUAGAAGUACAGGAAUCCACCAUUUAAUCGUGUGAAAGGGACGCUAAGGAAACAUGAUGUCUGUAUUGGGAAGAGCGAGUCGGCUCAUUCAAUUUGCCAAGUGCAGUAACGCCAUAAACCUGUGUGUUACGACAUCUCUCAGAAGACAGUCUAGUAGUGCAACCGCUGCAGCCUUCGUCCAGCCAGCCUCCACAGCCACCCCAGAAGCUGUAGAAAACAGAAAGCCCAAAACGGGGAUCCUAAUGAUGAACAUGGGAGGACCUGAGAAACUGGACGAUGUUCACGAUUUCCUGCUGCGCCUUUUCUCCGACACCGAUCUGAUGAAGCUUCCUGUUCAGAAUCGACUUGGGCCGUUCAUAGCGAAGCGGCGCACCCCUAAGAUCCAGGAGCAGUACAGCCGGAUCGGAGGAGGCUCCCCUAUCAAGGCCUGGACCACCAUGCAGGGAGAGGGCAUGGUCAAACUGCUGGAUGAGAUGUGUCCGGAAACAGCUCCUCAUAAAUUCUACAUAGGGUUUCGCUACGUACAUCCUCUGACGGAGGAGGCUAUUGAGGAGAUGGAGAAGGAUGGAGUAGAGAGAGCAGUGGCUUUCACCCAGUACCCACAAUACAGCUGUUCUACAACAGGCAGCAGUCUGAACGCUAUCUAUCGAUACUACAGCAGCAGAGCAGACAGGCCUAAGAUGAGGUGGAGUGUCAUCGACCGCUGGCCCACACACCCCCUGUUGGUCGAGUGUUUCUCCCAGCAUGUCCUCAACGAGCUGCAGAAGUUUCCCCCAGAGAAGAGGGAUGAUGUGGUUAUCCUGUUCUCAGCUCACUCACUACCCUUGUCUGUGGUGAACAGGGGAGAUCCGUACCCUCAGGAGGUUGGAGCCACUGUGCAGAGAGUCAUGGAGAGACUACAGCACUGUAAUCCUUACCGCCUGGUCUGGCAGUCCAGGGUUGGUCCUAUGCCGUGGCUGGGCCCUCAGACAGAUGAUGUCAUCAAGGGUCUGUGUGAACGGGGCAAGAAGAACCUGCUGCUGGUCCCCAUCGCCUUCACCAGCGACCACAUCGAAACGCUGCAUGAACUUGACAUUGAGUACUCCCAGGUGCUGGGAGAGGAGUGUGGCGUAGAGAACAUCAGAAGGGCUGAAUCUCUGAAUGGAAACCCAAUAUUUUUCCAGGCUCUGGCAGACCUGGUCCAAACCCACCUGAAGUCAAACGAGUCCUGUUCCCGUCAGCUCACCCUGCGCUGCCCACUGUGUACCAACCCCACCUGCGGAAAAACCAAGGCCUUCUUCGCUAAUCAGAAAUGACCCUCCUCCUCAACCAUUUUCUAGUGUUGCAAACUGCAGGUAACUAUCCCCCCCCAAAAAUGUCCUGGUUUCCCUGAAAUCCUAUUUGAAGGAUUCUGGAUUUCCUACUUAUUUCUUCCUGAUUCCUGGAUUCUUCCAACCGGGAUUUCUAGAAAAGCUGGGAAUUCUGAGUCACCUGCCCUCUACCCAUCUGUUACUACGGGACAGAGCACACGUUUCUUAGUAACUACCAGAAGAAGAAGCAGACAAACUAGGGUAGAAGCUGUCAGUCCGCCUCUCAUUAAAGCUAUAAGACAAGUAGAGUUGCACUUAUUUUGUCCCCCUUGCCGCUCGCUCACAUUCCAUCAGUUUUCCAGGGAUUCAACGAUGUCCAUUUCAUCCCUCCUAUCUUUUUCCAAAGAGGAAGAUAAACUGGACUGUAAUCCUUUCUCACCUGGUCCAGUUGGUUUGUACGCCAUGCUCAGGGACAGUAGCGAAGCGUGUCCCCCACCCCAUUCUGGUAUGUCAUCCACAGUGUCUCUUUGAGACCCUCUCUGAAGUCUGGUGGACUGUCCCCUGCUUUGAGACCUCUAUCUCCUCCCGGCCUCCAGAGGAUCCCUGCUUCCAUCCUUGUAGAGGCACGACUCAUCCAGAGUCGACGCUCUUACCUUUCCCACCCAGUAAUCUCCUCUGACCUCUAAUCUCUUAUACGGAACCAUAAUCCCUGGUUCCACUUCCACAAAGUGCUGCUGCACAUCUUGCCCCUGCAUGAGUCCCUGUCUCUCCCCGGUUCAACCUCUCCUCUCCCUGCUUCAGUGCUGCAGUGUCCCCCAUCCCUGUCUCUCCCCGGCUGGCCUGUCACCUCCCUGCUGCAGUGUCCCCCAUCCCUGUCUCUCCCCGGCUGGCCUGUCACCUCCCUGCUGCAGUGUCCCCCAUCCCUGUCUCUCCCCGGCUGGCCUGUCAUCUCCCUGCUGCAGUGUCCCCCAUCCCUGUCUCUCCCCGGUCAACCCCUCAUCUCCCUGCUGCAGUGUCCCCCAUCCCUGUCUCUCCCCGGUCAACCCCUCAUCUCCCUGCUGCAGUGUCCCCCAUCCCUGUCUCUCCCCGGUCAACCCCUCAUCUCCCUGCUGCAGUGUCCCCCAUCCCUGUCUCUCCCCGGUCAACCCCUCAUCUCCCUGCUGCAGUGUCCCCCAUCCCUGUCUCUCCCCGGUCAACCCCUCAUCUCCCUGCUGCAGUGUCCCCCAUCCCUGUCUCUCCCCGGUCAACCCCUCAUCUCCCUGCUGCAGUGUCCCCCAUCCCUGUCUCUCCCCGGCUGGCCUGUCACCUCCCUGCUGCAGUGUCCCCCAUCCCUGUCUCUCCCCGGCUGGCCUCUCACCUCCCUCAGCUCCGAACCUGCUGCCGGUCUAACUAUGGGCUCCGUGGCCUCAUCCAUCUAACCUGAGCUGUGUUAUAGCUGCUGCUGUUUAGACAGACAGACAUAUUCUUAGCGACUAGCAGCGUUGACAUGCUCUCCGUUGUCGGUAACGUGCCUUUUUACACUUGCUCUUUGAACAUUGAUUCAACUCUGUGCUUUUUAUAUGUAAUUUACUCCAAUGUGAUAAUUUACCAGGGUCGUGUUCAUCAGGGCACACCGUAACUAAACGUUUUUAAAUCAUUUUGCAACCCCCCCCCCCCAAAAAAGUACAGGAGCGUUUCUUAUUGGGCAAGUUGGAGGAGAACCUCUCUGUUUUCAGCCGUUUUCUUCUGUUACGUGCCUGCUGAACACAAUCCCGAUUUUCUAAUGUAUUUAAGAAGUCAUCUGUAAAUCAUGUUGAAGAAACUUUGAUGUAUAGAAAUUGAGGUUUGUUUAUAGAUGUGUUUGGAUACCAUAGUUUAAUAAGACAUUAUACCAUCUUAUUGUUGAAUAGUCGUUUCUGAUUGGGUUUGAAGAGCAUUUUAGAGCGUACAUUACUUCCCUAUAACGCAUGGUAUAUCAGCACGGUUGAAUUCAAUGACUUUCGUUUACUCUUACAUGUUUUUGUUUAAGAUGCUUUUGAAAUCAAAGGUCAAAUUGAGAACAGUAUUGGCCGUGUUGAACUCAAUUUUCAUCAUCGCAAACUAGGACUGAUAGUUUGGUUAGCUAAACUAGCAACGUCUGUCUGUUUGGUUACCACGGCAACUACUGUAGCUAUCUCGUCAACCUGCUAGCUUCUUCAGUGGACGUUGAACACAAUUACAGCCGGCAAAUGUGUUCAAUUACAGCCGGCAAAUGUGUUCAAUUACAGCCAUGUUAUCAAAGGGAUAAUCAACUCGGGGCUAUAUGCGUUUUCUGGAAAAUAACCUCCCACGCAGUUGCAUGAAGUCCACUCUGCUAGCGCGUCGUGGGAACACGUCGUUAAUUAUUUUCCAUAGAACACACAGCCCUCAUUGAUUAUCUCUUACAUAUAUGAUUUGUGUGUGUAUAUAUAUAGUGAAGAGAUGCCGCUUCAUGUUACAUCGUUGUGAUUUUUUUUUUUAAAGGUUUAUUUAUUUCUGUCUGUCAUAAAACACCACCUGCUCUGCUGUUCAAAAUGUGUUAUCUAAUUUUUACUGGAAUACAACAUUUAACACCAAGUCUUCCACUACAUCUAAUAAAAUGGACAACAUUAAAAACA